AUGGGCGGAGGCUUCUGGAAGCCCGCCUGGCCUUCUCUGGAGCCGCGCAUGAGUUCCGGGUGGACCAUCUCCCCAUUUCAAGAUAUAUUCAUCUUCAGGACCAUUUUUCGCAGCUGCAUGGUAUUCCAUCGUGUGGACGUGAGCCAGGAUCGAAUUGAGCCAGUUCACGGAAUGCGGGAGGGGAAACUGAGGCCGGGAGCCCCCCUCGCCAGGGGGCUGAGCGCACCCGCCAGCGCGCCCCGGGCGCCUACUGUGUGCAGCGCGCGGCCGGCCGGGCCGGGUCAGGCUGUCCUCGCGCUCGUCCCCUCCUCCCCCGCCCCCGUCCCCCGCCGGACCUCUCCCACGACCGGGGAGGAAGUGGGAGAAACGGACAGGGAAAAAAGUUGGGCCCGGCCACCGCCUCCCCACUCCCCACCUCCGGCCCUCCCGGGCCACGCAGACCCUGGCGGGAGCGGCCCGCAGGACCCAGGCGUCCGGGGCCGGGUCCCCGUCCCGCCCAGCGGCCCGCGGUUGGGUGGGGGAACUCGGAGAGCCGGGAAAACAACCGCCCCGCCCGCCCCUCGCCAACCCCUUCCCCCGCUACGCCCCUGGCGCAGCGGGCGGAGGCGACUCCUUUACAUAAUCGCGGCCGGGCAGGUUGGCUGUCUCAUUCGGGCACCCGGGCGCCCAGCGCGCCCGAGCCGGCAUCCCCAAGCCCGCCCCCGGGUCCCUAACGCGCCUGGGCCAACUGAGGCCCGGGGAGGCCCGGGGUCCCCACUCCCCGGCCCCCCACCCAGCCCCCGCGGCCCGGGCAGCCGCGACCCACGCCCGCGUCGGUCCUCGCGGUGCGCACAGCCCUCCCCGCCCCCGCUGCCAUCCUGCCACGCCCCGGGCGUCGGGGGCACAGCCGCGCCCCCCCGCACCCGCCCCUGCGCGGAGGCUGGGGGCCUGUUUAUCUGGAGGCCCCCACCCCCCCUCCGCCCCGGGGGGCCCGCUCCCCCCGCGCCCCGGGGAGCUCUGGGGCCAGAUAAGCUGGCAAGCUGGCACGGCGCCGCGCAGCGGGGCGGAGAGUUACUGUAGGGGCAGUGACGCCGCCGCCGCCGGAGCGAGGGAGCGACGAGGGGAGAGCCAGCGAGGGGGAGA